UUUAAUAAUCAACAUUUUGCAAAAAAAAAAUUUUUCCAAAGACCAAAAUUUGAGUUUUUUAAGAUUUUAUUCUAAAAUUUGGGCGUAUUCACUACUGUAACUCAUACGCCGGGGAUCGGGAUUCAGUCUGCCGCAAGGUCUCGAGGGUGGAACCCGUGCUGUUUGUUACCGCGUCGGCUAUCGCACUUGCUCACUCACGAGUCACAUGACACGUCACAUUAUUUGAAGAUAAUAACAUUAGCUUAUUGUGUUUGAUAUUUACGUUUGUUUAGUUUAUAGCUUUUUUGUGUUAGCAUAGACCUAUUGUGUUAUUUAUUGCGAAAGGACGCUUUGUGUGUAAAAGAACUAUUGAGUAUUGCGAAAAGACGCUACUGUUUUUUAAACACUCAAAAUGCCAAAAUACAAGAAAAUUGUGCGACAAGGACGUGCAAAAGUAGCAAAGAUGAUUGAAGCUCGCCGGGCUAAAAGAAAUAGACAAAAUAGUGACGAAACGCCAACCACUUCUAAAGAUGCUCAACAAAAUUACUUUGAUAGCAGGUUAAAAGAUAACCAAAGUGAUGAACAACCACCAAUAAUGGAUAUUUCUAAUAUACAACCUAUGGAAAUAAGCAAUAAUGAUUUACGAGAGGACUUUGCAGGAGAUUUCACGGAAACUGAAAUCACUGAAGAAACCAAUAAAAACAUUGUAGAGUUUCAAAUUUCGUAUGAAAAGGAAGCAGAAACUAAAGAAAAAAUAAUACACAGAAGAAUUAUUGAUGUCAGCCACUUCCUUUCCGAAUUAAAACGUAUUUCAAACCAUGGACCACUUGGAUGCAGCUUCACAGAACUUGACCUCAUAUCUGAAACCCUAAUUGGUCUACAGUCAAAAUUCACAUUUAAAUGUCGGUUUUGCAAUCUAAAGUUUGUCAUAAAUGGAGACAAUUGCAGUGAAAACUACGUAAAUAUUAAUACGUGCACUGUCGCAGGUACUAUUGCAGUAGGUGCGGGGCAUUCACAGCUGGAUGAACUUAUGUCAGCAAUCAAUCUCCCGUUGUUAUCUGAAAAGACGUAUUCAGAGAACCAUGAACUUAUUAGUAGGAAAUGGGAAGAUGUUUUAUUAGAAUCUAUGAGUCAGGCUGCAGAAAGAGAAAAGCAAUUCGCAAUUUCUAACGGCAGGGUGAACAAAGAUGGAAUUCCCAUAAUAGAUGUCAUUGCUGAUGGUUGCUGGUCUAAACGUAGUUAUAAAAAGAAUUAUAAUGCUCUUUCGGGCGCAGCUGCCAUAAUUGGCAAACAUACAGGAGAAAUUCUGUUUUUAGGCAUAAAAAAUAAAUACUGCUUCAUCUGUGCCCGUGCAGAAAACAAAAAUGUCGAUCCGUCAGAACACAAAUGUUUCAUAAAUUACAGCGGUCCAUCCACAAACAUGGAGAGCGAAAUAAUUGUAGAAGGAUUUAAAGAAUCUAUAAGAAUGUACAAUUUGAUUUACGGAAAACUCAUAUCCGAUGGUGAUGCCAGCACCUACUCCAAAAUAUCACAGGCUCGCCCUUAUCCUGACCUGACUGUUGAAAAAAUAGAGUGCCGUAACCACAUCUUAAGGAAUUUUUGCAAUAAAUUACAAGCACUUGCUACAGACACUAAAUAUAACAUAAAAUACCGAAAAUUCAUAACAAAAAGAGCUAUACUACGAACAAGAUCAACUAUUUGCAAAUUAAUUAAAAAACAUAAGUGUGACUCUGAUGUUCAACUUCUGUUUGACGACUUAUUAGUUAGUCACCUCCAUGGUUUCGGGGAUCACACUAAGUGCCGAUCAUAUUUCUGUAAUAAAAUCGGCCAAAUGGACCUGCCAAAUGAUUUCAUUUUAAGCCCUUUAUGGCAAAAAAUAUGUUUUAUCAUUCAAAAUGUUGCAGGACAUGCUCGGAGUCUAUUAUAUGACGUUGAUAGUAACAUGGUUGAAGGAUUCAAUAGCGUGGUGGCUAAAUUGGUUGGUGGCAAAAGGGUGAAUUUUUCUUUAAAAAACUCGUAUCAAACUAGAUGUCACGCCGCUGCCGUAGCUUUUAAUGAAAAAAAAUCAAUUUCUCUGCUAUACAAAGCAAUUAGUAAAGGAGACAGCCCUCAAGGAAAAAUAAAACGGCUAGAAAGCAAAAGAAUACACAAAAAUGUGAAAAACAAGAUAAAUAGGAAACCAAAAAAACGAGCCUUAUUCAUAGAGAAAUCGAAAGACCACAAUUAUGGUCAAGACUGCACAAGACCUGACAUGCCGAUCGAUGUUUUGAAUAAAAUUAAAGAAAACUUUAUGUUAAAUCUCAAGAAAACUGACGAGGAAAGAAGUUUAAUCGAAAGGGCAACCGUUUUACAAAGUGAAUGCAGCGAGUGGCUAGAGUUGCGUAGGUCGUUAUUAACCGCAUCCAACUUUGGAAAAGUUGUCACGCGGCGAAACGACACAAGUUGUCAUAACUUUGUAAGAGACCUAUUGUACAAAACCAAUAUUGACCAUGUAUCGUCAAUUAAACAUGGCAAAGACAACGAAAACAUUGCCAUCAAGCAAUUAGAAAGGCAAGAAAAAAUUAAAAUUGAAACUUGUGGACUUUUUAUUGACAAAGAGUUGCCAUUUUUAGGAGCCACUCCGGAUGGCUUAUGUAGCGACGACACAAUUGUAGAAAUAAAAUGCCCGAUAACGGCAUUCAAAUUGGGUUUAGAAGAAGCCAUAAAAAAAAGGAAAGUGACCUUUUGGAAAUACACAAAAAAAGGGCUGGAAAUAAAUAAAAACCACCAAUGGUACUAUCAAGUGCAGGGGCAACUACACGUUACUAAACGACUAAAGUGCUUAUUUGCAGUUUGGUCAAAUGAGAACUCUCCGCUAAAAACGGAAUACAUUGAUAGAGAUGAUGAAUUUUGGAACGAGAAAAUGAAAGAUAAGCUUACGUCGUUUUAUAUAGAUUGUUUGUUGCCAGAAUUGGUGGACCCCCGCUACACUCGAGGUAUGAACAUACGAAAUCCUUCAUACAUUGAAGAGGCAAUGAAGAAAAAACAAAAAUUUAAAGAAAAUAUUGAACCUCGAUUAAAUGAAGAGUUUAAGUUGACAGCAGAUACAGAUACAAUUGAAGGUGACGAACCUUCUGACGUAAAUAUGCCUACACCGACAAAUACUCGUUAUUUAGAUUUUGGGGAUAUGUAAUCCCGAAAUGUUAGGAACGAAGUUCCAACUCACGUAUAUAUUAUAUACGUAUUAUUAUAUAUUAUUACGUAUAUAUUUUCUCAAAGAAAAAUUGUUCUUUGUUAUGAUUAUGAAAAUUUAAUAUACGUUCACAAAAAUCGUCACCUUUUUGCUCUUAAUAGUGAUUUUCAUUAUUAUAACACUAGAAAUAAGGGAUUGCUUGUAACUAAUUCUAGUAGGCUUCAUAUGAUACAUAAUAGCUUUAAGGUAAAUGUAUACACUUCUAUAAUAAUGUCCCAGCCACUGUUCAGGCAUUAUCUAUAAAUAAAUUUAAAUGACUUAUAAAAAAAUGGCUCUGUCGUAAAUCCUAUUACUCCACUGCUGAAUAUCUAAAUGAUCGGACAGCCUGGGACUAGAUUGUGAUUAUUUUAUAGCGAUAGAAAUGACUGUACAACAUUGUAUAUUUUUAUUGAAAAGAGCGCAAAAAAAAGAAUGCUGGAAGAGUUUCUUGCGCCGCUUCUUCUCUCUCAGAGCGCCAUUUAUUUCGGAAGCUGUAGUAGUAUCUAGUAGUUAUUAGAAAUAACAUCAAAAAUAAUUCUAAAAGAAUCAAUUUUGAGAAAAUAAAUGCUUUUUAUGCCUUUAUAAUUUAGAAACAAAAACAAAAUGUCCGCAGCCGCCACCUUGGAUUCACAUUUUACUAAAUUACAAUGGGCCCAAAUUGAAGGAUUGGCGAACAGACUUAGUUCUGCAGCAUACGCUGUUAAAAAUAUUAAAAAAGCUAAUUUAAUUUUACCCUAAAAUUAUUAGAUACCUACUUUGUAAAAUAAUAAAUGAUAAUAAAAUUGA